CCCGUGCUCCCCUCCUGCUUGCCCGUCGCCCCGAUGGCGCCCCGGGUCCCCCUCGCGCGGGGCCGCUAGCACCCCGGGCGUCUGCGCCCCUCCCCCGUGCUGCCCUCGCUCGCACAGCGAGGACUCGGGCGUCCGCGGGCGCCCAGCUUUUUUUUUUUUUUUUUUGCUUUUUUUUUUUUUGAGCUCGCGUCCCCAGGUCGGCUGGCUGGGGGGGGAGGGGAAGAGACGGGACCCCGGGAUCCCCACCCCCCCCACCCGGCCACCCCUGUCCCCUUCCCUCCUGGGACCCCAGAGAAGAUGUCUUCGAGGACGGCGCUGGCCCCGGGCAACGAUCGCAACUCGGACACGCAUGGCACCCUGGGCAGUGGCCGGUCCUCAGACAAAGGGCCGUCCUGGUCCAGCCGUUCCCUGGGUGCCCGUUGUCGGAACUCGAUCGCUUCCUGCCCCGAGGAGCAACCCCACGUGGGCAACUACCGCCUGCUGAGGACCAUCGGGAAGGGCAACUUCGCCAAAGUCAAGCUGGCCCGGCAUAUCCUCACGGGCCGGGAGGUCGCCAUCAAGAUCAUCGAUAAGACGCAGCUGAACCCCAGCAGCCUGCAGAAGCUGUUCAGAGAAGUGCGAAUCAUGAAGGGCCUCAACCACCCCAACAUCGUCAAGCUCUUUGAGGUGAUAGAGACAGAGAAGACGCUGUACCUGGUGAUGGAGUAUGCCAGCGCAGGAGAAGUGUUUGACUACCUCGUGUCCCACGGCCGCAUGAAGGAGAAGGAGGCCCGAGCCAAAUUCCGGCAGAUCGUGUCGGCCGUGCACUACUGUCACCAGAAGAACAUUGUGCACAGGGACCUAAAGGCAGAGAACCUGCUGCUGGAUGCGGAGGCUAACAUCAAGAUCGCCGACUUCGGCUUCAGCAAUGAGUUCACACUGGGCUCGAAGCUGGACACCUUCUGUGGGAGCCCCCCAUACGCCGCCCCAGAGCUGUUCCAGGGCAAGAAGUACGACGGGCCAGAGGUGGACAUCUGGAGUCUCGGCGUCAUCCUGUACACGCUGGUCAGCGGCUCCCUGCCCUUCGAUGGCCACAAUCUCAAGGAGCUACGGGAGCGAGUCCUCAGAGGGAAGUACCGGGUGCCCUUUUACAUGUCUACAGACUGCGAGAGCAUUCUGCGGAGAUUUCUGGUGCUGAACCCCGCCAAACGCUGUACUCUGGAGCAAAUCAUGAAGGACAAAUGGAUUAACAUUGGCUAUGAGGGGGAGGAGCUGAAGCCAUACACGGAGCCCGAAGAGGACUUCGGGGACACCAAAAGAAUUGAGGUAAUGGUGGGUAUGGGCUACACACGGGAAGAAAUCAAAGAGGCCUUGACCAACCAGAAGUACAACGAGGUGACCGCCACCUACCUCCUGCUGGGCAGGAAGACUGAGGAGGGUGGGGACCGGGGUGCCCCAGGGCUGGCCCUGGCACGGGUGCGGGCGCCCAGCGACACCACCAACGGGACGAGCUCCAGCAAAAGCAGCAGCCACGGCAAAGGGCAGCGGGCGGCUUCCUCCACGUACCACCGGCAGCGCCGGCACAGUGACUUCUGUGGCCCGUCCCCUGCCCCGCUGCACCCGAAGCGCAGCCCAACCAGCACUGGGGAGACGGAGCUCAAAGAGGAGCGACUGCCAGGCCGGAAGGCGAGCUGCAGCGCGGCCGGGAGCGGGAGCCGAGGGCUGCCCCCCUCCAGCCCGAUGGUCAGCAGUGCCCACAACCCCAACAAGGCAGAGAUCCCCGAGCGACGGAAGGACAGCGCGAGCACUCCUAACAACCUUCCCCCCAGCAUGAUGACCCGCAGAAACACCUACGUGUGCACAGAGCGACCGGGGGCUGAGCGCCCGUCCUUGUUGCCAAAUGGCAAAGAAAACAGCUCCGGUACCUCGCGGGUGCCCCCUGCCUCCCCCUCCAGUCACAGCCUGGCUCCCCCAUCGGGAGAGCGGAGCCGCCUGGCACGCGGCUCCACCAUCCGCAGCACGUUCCACGGGGGCCAGGUCCGAGACCGGAGGGCGGGGGCCGGGAGUGGCGGGGGUGUGCAGAAUGGACCUCCAGCCUCGCCCACGCUGGCCCAUGAGGCCUCACCCCUGCCCUCCGGGCGGCCUCGGCCCACCACCAACCUCUUCACCAAGCUGACCUCCAAACUGACCCGAAGGGUCGCAGACGAACCUGAGAGAAUCGGGGGACCUGAGGUCACAAGUUGCCAUCUACCUUGGGAUAAAGCGGAAACCGCCCCCCGGCUGCUCCGAUUCCCCUGGAGUGUGAAGCUGACCAGCUCCCGUCCUCCCGAGGCCCUGAUGGCUGCCCUGCGACAGGCCACCGCCGCCGCCCGCUGCCGCUGCCGUCAGCCGCAGCCGUUCCUGCUGGCCUGCCUGCACGGGGGUGCGGGCGGGCCCGAGCCCCUGUCCCAUUUCGAAGUAGAGGUGUGCCAGCUGCCCCGGCCCGGCCUCAGGGGUGUCCUCUUCCGCCGAGUGGCAGGCACCGCCCUGGCCUUCCGCACCCUCGUCACCCGCAUCUCCAACGACCUCGAACUCUGAGCCACCGCCGCCACAGCCGCCAUCACAGCCCGGGUCCCUCCCUCUUUCUCUGGUCCCUUUCACUUCCCCAAGGCGGGAAGAGGACAGAGGAGGGGGUGCCUCGUUCUCGACCUCAGUUUCCCCGUGUUAGAUAGGUGGACAGAGGCUGUCGUGGGGACACGUGACAUGAUAAAAUACGGUUCCUCUAGGGCCCCGCCCGGCACCUUGCUCUGCUGCAGGGAGACAGGAGUGAGAAGAGAAAGUGAGGAAAUUCUCCCGCUCAGGGAGACAGAACUUGGGGUGCGGGGAGUGGGGGCUCACAGGCAGAAACCUUCCCCUCCCUCCCCUUGACGCUCGCCCUCCCUCCCUGCCCCAGACCGGUGCAGGGCACUUUGUACAAACCCCUGUAUAUACUCCUGCCCCUCGGCAGAGGUCUCUUGGGGAGCUGCUGCUGUCACCUCCGGUUUUUAAGUUAUUGCCUCCCCUCCCCCCGUCAGCUCCUCAUCUGCAACCCAUCACCCAAUAAAUAGUAGGAGAGUCCCUCUGGCCCCCAAGCCCCUCCCUGGCCGAUCUGGGGUUUUCCUCCCCGGCCCUUGGCCUGCAGGUGAGCCAGGGAGCCGGGGACUUGACCCCAACCUGUGGUUCUGCUUGCUGAGCCUUGGUUAUCUCAUCCGCAGAAUGGGGACAGAGGGGCUGGAGGGUCAAGGAUGGCUAUGGAAGAGGGCGGAACCCAGCCCAGCCUCCUCCGUGAGGCCCCUGCGUUCUGUCAAACCCUCCUCUUGGCCGCUGGCUCCCUCUGCCGUAUUACACUGGACUGGAACCCUCUUCGUAUUCAGUAAUACAUGUACUCAAUAAACUCCCAACCACUGGAGCCGACUCACUCGAGGCCCAGUUCCGGA